AACACUCUUAUAGAACAUUCAUCUAUCUCACAGCUAACUCUUUCCACUUCUGUAUAACAACUUCUCCUCAUCACCUUGCUUCUUGGUCUCAUAAUACACAUCACUCAACAUCAUAUCAAACAGCAUACUAAGUAUCCAAUCAACAAUCAUUACAAUGGCCGGCUUCACUUCCUCCUCUGCCCCCCAGAUUGCCAACUUUGGCCGAAGUGGAUACAACAAGGACGGUGACAACGAGGACAACAAGCGCAACUUUGGGCGCAGUGGCUACAACAAGGACGACUCUGACGACGACAAGAGGUGCUUCGGCCGCAGUGGAUACAACAAGGACGGUGACGAGGAAGACAGCCGGAUGUUCGCCAACUUUGGCCGCAGCGGUUACAACUAAACCCUCACACUAUCCAAUGGCGAUGAACAACAACAACUAGAUCGGUUGGAUCUACUGCCGCUCGCGCGGAUACCAGACCAACUAUAAUAUCAUCGCCUCCAACCAACAACGAGCCCAAGCAUUGACUGCAACGGCAAUGUAUCAACACGCCUUAGACGAUUUCCUUUGUUAUUGCAUCA